AUGGAAGUGGUGAGGGAUGUCCCUGACACAAGUCAUCCAAAACCCUGUAAGUACUGUAUUAAUAAAUACUUUAAACGCGAUAAAAGUGGCGACAAACUGGUGGCCAGUAUUGAGACAAUCGAGAAAUUCUUGCGAAACACAUAUAUUAUGACUUCCCUGUCAUUCGACGACUACCUGUCCGGUCGACGUGAGACCCGGCGCCUAAUCGCUGUCAUAAUCACCCGAUUGGUUCACAUGGUAUACAUGAUUAGAUUCAUGGUGUGCGCCACCUUAGCUCCUACCGCCCCAUACAUACGGGCGCUCAUGAGUGACGGGAUGUACCUCUUGGGCGACGAGAAGCUGAUCUCAUCGGUACUGUCGAUGACAUUCAUGACUUUGGUAUUGAUAUUAGCCAUAUUUGAUUGGCAUGAAUGGCGCCGGACGUUCACAGUCUACCCGUUCCUCAACGAUCUCAAGUGUCGACGCUUUCGCAUACGACUGAACCGUACGCUUGAGAGUAGGCUUUCCACGAACUGCUCGGCGGUGACCAACACCGUGCUGUCGGGUGUGUUCAUAGGGCUAACGGCGCUAACGUUUGCUGUACUGUUCGCCACCAUAAUGGUCUCCUACCUGAGCCCCGAUAACCACGACUAUUGCCUGCUAUACGUGCUAUUCUGGAGCGCCUGUACUCUCGUAUUUUCGACACAGGCCUACGCCAUAGUAUGCGUGUGUUUUGUCGUGUGCCACCUGACCACCGGUUACCUCAAGUACCAGUUCAUGCAAAUCAAUCUGAAACUGGAGUCCUGUGUACGCACCGGCAAUAAGUACCUACUAAUGAAAGUCAUCAUCGAGCACAACCUACUCACUAAACUAACCACCCGUUUGAACGACUUUUACAAAUACCCGCUGUUUGUCGUAUACUACGUGUCGACCCCCACCCUCGAGUUUGCCCUAUACUACUACCUGUCCGUCGAGAGCAAUCUGUACGUACGGCUGACACUGGGAGGGAAGGUGGUGGUGGUCGGGCUCAUGGUGUUCGUGGCAAACGCCAUGUGCGCCAGGUUUUCACGUCAGGCCCAUAAGGGUUAUGGGGUUUUGCAUUCAUUUCUGGCACAAUACCGGACCACUAGAUACGAGAGUCUGAAAGUACAGGCGUUUGUGGAAAGGCUGUCCACUGGACCUUAUAUUGGCUUUUAUUUCGGCGCCCGACGGGAAUGUAUAGUAAGAAAAGUGGUAAACGCGGACACAGUCUGUGUCUGUAACCAAACAUAUUGUGAUGACUUCCCGGCCCUCAAGCGCCCAAAGAGUGGUUUCCUUACGGUUUAUGAGAGCAAUAAAGUCGGCGAAAGGUUUAAGGAAACGGAACUCCAGUUCGGCUCAACCAUUGAUUCAACGGCUGACCAAACGGUUGUCGUGACUAUAGAUAAGACACAGAAAUAUCAGACAAUCUUCGGAUUCGGCGCCGCCUUUACGGACAGUACGGGACAAAUGCUGUCGUCUGUCAACCAAUCGUUGGCUGAUCUGCUAAUUGAUAGCUACUUCUCGGACAAUGGUAUCGAGUACUCAAUGGCCAGAAUACCCAUCGCUGGCACCGACUUCUCGGACAGACCCUACUCUUACGAUGACGUCGACGGGGAUCUGGAGCUCAAACAUUUUGCACUUCAAAAGGAAGACUUGGAGUGGAAAAUCCCAUACAUUCAAAGAGCGUUGAAAGUAAGUCCGCAUAAAAUAAAACUCUUCGGCAGCCCCUGGAGUCCCCCCUCUUGGAUGAAGACUAACCACAAGUUCAACGAGAGUGGAGUCAUAAGGGGUGACAUCGGCGGCGAGUACUACCAGUCGUGGGCCAACUAUUUCGUGAAAUUUCUGGACGCAUACAAAUCGCAUGACAUAAACCUAUGGGGGGUUACCGUCGAAAAUGAGCCGCUAGCGGGGCUGAACCCUAAUUACUCGUUCAACUGCCUGAACCUAACCGGCCCUACGGAACGGGAUUUCGUGAAACUCAAUUUGGGUCCGACCCUCGCGAAGGCCGGGUAUGGGAGAGACAAACUGCAACUCAUGAUAUACGAUGACAACACCAACACUUUAAAAGACUACGUGAAGCCUAUUAUGGGGGACAGGGAGGCAGCAAAGUACGUCUCCGGCAUAGCCUACCACUGGUACGGCAAUACACCGAUGGGAGGCUUUCCCGACCAAUUCCUCACCGAAGUCCACAAAAACUAUUCCGAGGUAUUCCUACUGAACACAGAGGCCUGUCAUCUGGACGGCCCUGAGCUCGGGCGCUGGGAUUACGCCGAGAGAUACGCCUACGAUAUCAUUAGGGCUUUGAAUAAUUACGUGAGGGGUUGGGUGGAGUGGAAUAUGGCACUGGAUAUGGAUGCGGGACCAAGGUGGAAUGAGAAAAAUGGCUACGGGGGUACCGUGAAUAUAGACCCGGCUAAAGGGGAGGCCUACAAACAGCCCUCGUUUUACACGAUCGGACACUUCAGUAAGUUUUUGUCACCCGAUUCCGUGCGCAUCGGAUAUACUGUCGACAAAACAUUUGCCAACUUCUCGGCGGUUGUCGUCCAGAGACCCGACAAUCAGACGGUUUUGGUGGCACUCAAUGCCCGCGCCGACGAUAUUGUGCUCACUAUCCAAGAGUCCAGUCGUAAGGUCUCGCAUACAAUACCCGCACAUUCUGUUCAGUCGUAUAUUUGGUGAAAGGUUUACAAGUUUUUGAUUCACAGAAAAAAUAUUAGUAUUAAAAUUAUACAAGGAUUUUGAAUAAAUAAAUUAUUGACAAAAUAUUUGUUUUGUAUAACGAUGUUUAAAAUUAAUGAUCAAAAUUAU